AUGAUGGGAGGCAAGGCUCCGAUGGCUAUGGCCGUUAUGUGGUCGUUUGUGGCCCUGACUUGGAUCUUUGUCUUUUUACGUCUGUACACACGAGCUUUCAUCAUAAAAUCCGUCGGCCUGGAUGAUCACACAUAUUGGCUCAGUGGUGUCCUCCUCCUUCUUUACACAACAUUCGUACAGAUUGCCGCGUAUCAUGGAUUCGGACAAUCCAUGCCUGGCCCUGAUGCCUCCGAUCUCGCUUUCGACCACGCUGCCUACGCAAUCAAGAACCAGAUGAUUGGACAGACGUUUGCAGUUAUUGGAAUGUCGGUUGCUAAGUUUUCCCUUGGAUUCUUUCUACUACGUAUUGUUGUCGAGAAGUGGCAGAGGAUCACCAUCUGGCUCGCGAUGGUGACCUUGUCAUUCUUUUCGGCUCUUUGCGCUAUAAUGUUCUGGCUUCAAUGCAGACCAGUGACAAAGAUCUUUGACCCUAUUCGAGUCGAGGGUGUUUGCAACAUUUCUGUGACUCCAUAUGCGGUCGCACUGGGUGUCUGGUGUGUUGUGGUCGACUUCUUCUUUGCUAUCUUCCCGUGGGUCUUUAUCUGGAAGCUCAACAUGAAACACAAGGAGAAAAUGACGAUUGCUGGAAGUAUGAGUUUGGGCUUUCUUGCCGGAAUUUGUGGUAUCGUCCGAACUUAUGAAGUUGCAACCGGAUUCACUGCCAACUUCUUGUCGGAUACUGUCCCGCUCAUUAUAUGGUCUGCUGCCGAGAUGGCCAUCACCUUGAUGUGCAUCGGAAUCCCCAUCUUACGUCCACUCUGGCGCAGAGUCGUACGCGGAUCGAAAUUCUCCUCCGAACGAUAUUACAGAAGACAAGACGAAAAUGAUGGAGAAGCAUUCAAGUUGGGUAGUGUACCUCUCGGAUCGGACAAAGGGAAUAUUCGAGGCUUUCCAAAUGCUCCCGCCAAGCUUGGAAUCCGAGGGCCUGGCACUAUUACCCGCAUCGCUGGUGACAACCAGAGCGACGAAUCAAUCCUCGGACCGGAGUAUCGUAGAGAAGGACCAAGCCCUGACGGCGGAAUCUGUGUUAAGCAAGAUUUUCAAGUAGACUGGACUGAUGCAAAGGACAUUAGACAAUAA